AUGGAUUUCUUGAUUCUGCCCAUGUUGACAAGAAUUCUACCCACUGCCAACGUGGAUAUUUCGAAGUGGGUCAUACCUCGCCUCCUCCCCCUUGCAGAUCCCAAGUUCAACAUAGCCCACGACAUUGAUUUGAUCAUCGGCAUCAAAAACUUCUUUUCGAUUCUGGAGAAUGAACAAUUGACUCUUGGCAGUGUCCUACCAGUGCUGCGCAAGACAGUUUUCGGUUACGUCGUCGCCGGUGAAGCCAUGGAAAAAACUGCCUCAACCGUAGUCUGCAAUGUUUCCUCGAUCGAUAACCUGGAGUCGAUUGUCCGCAAGUUCUGGGAGGUGGAGAGCUUCGAAAAAGGCAAGGCGCUUUCGCUAGAGGAGCUAUAUUGCGAAAAUCACUUUCGAGAGACACACCAACGAGCCCCUGACGGUCGGUACGUGGUGCGAUUGCCGAUUCGUGAGGAGAUGCUUGACUCAUUGGGAGAGUCGUUCAAAAUCGCUGAGCGCAGAUUCCUGGCAAUUGAGAGGAAGUUGUCAUCCGAUCCCGUGCUACACGCUGAGUACUCAAAGUUCAUGGACGAGUACCUAACCUUGGGACAUAUGGAUGAAUUUGAACCCAAUCUAUUGAAACCUCACUUCUAUCUUCCUCAUCAUGCGAUCCAGCGACCCGACAGCACAACCACAAAGACACGCGUGGUUUUCGAUGCCUCGUGUAGAGGCAGCAAUAACAUUUCGCUGAACGACAUUUGCUACGUCGGACCUACGGUACAACCACUUCUCGUGAGCACACUCGUGAACUUUCGUUUACCGAAAUUUGCUGUGAAUGCCGAUGCCGAGAAAAUGUAUCGGCAAGUAUGGGUUCACCCAGUAGAUUGCUUGCUUCAACUGAUCCAGUUUCGAAAAACUCCCAACGAGAAGCUGCAAACCUAUCGGUUGAAAACGGUGACGUACGGGACGGCACCCGCUCCAUACCUUGCCACACGCGUCCUGAACCAGCUUGCUGUAGAUGAAGCAGCAAACUACCCGCUAGCCGCUCCAAUGGUCGAAAACUGUUUCUACGUCGACGACUAUCUCUCUGGAGACGACAACGAACAGCGUUUGGUGGAAACAAACCGCCAGUUAAUUGAUCUUCUUCGCUCAGGUGGAUUCAAUAUGCGAAAAUGGUGUAGCAACAGUCCCACCGUUCUUUCUCACAUUCCCGAAACUCUUCGGGACUCUCGAACUGAACUCCAAAUCAGCCAAUCGGGUUCGGUGAAAGCUCUCGGCCUUCUUUGGCAUCCACUGUCGGAUGAAUUCAGUUUCAAUGUUCCCGAGUUUGUAUCGUCGGAACCGAUCACAAAACGUCUGAUCCUUUCGGAGAUGUCACGCCUAUUCGAUCCAAUGGGCCUAGUCGGAGCAGCAAUCGUCAGCGCAAAAAUAUUUCUGCAAGCUUUAUGGUCGAAAAAGUUUAAUUGGAACGAUACGUUACCGGAGGAGUAUCAGAAAUGGUGGAAAUUGUAUCGGUUCGAAAUCGAAACUCUUUCGAUGCUUCGAAUCCCAAGGCGAAUUCUCGUGGACAACUAUCGCACGCUCGAACUUCACGUCUUCUAG